AUGUGGAUUCGGAGCUGGUGGAACCGGAGAAUCGGAGCUGGUGUAGGUGGAAUCGGAGCUGGUGGAUGUGGAUUCGGAGCUGGUGGAUGUGGAUUCGGAGCUGGUGGAGGUGGAUUCGGAGCUGGUGGAGGUGGAACCGGAGCUGGUGCAGGUGGAAGCGGAGCUAGUGAAGGUGGAAUCAGAGCUGGUCGAGGUGGAACCGGAGAAUCGAAGCUGGUGGAGGUGGAUUCGGAGGAUCGGAGCUGGUAG